UGCGUCGGUGACGGGCCGACGGCGGUUAGCGAGUUCUACAAUCCGCUACAUGCGUGGUGCUGUACUCCUGCAUCUCAAGCUUGGUACGGUGUCUUCUAUUUCGUUACACCCGCACAGCGUCUGGCGUAGACAACCGCUACAAUCAUACCGGUCGCAUUCACGUAGGACCAUGUCGCCAAGCAAGCUCGAGGCUGGUACAAACGGUGGUAACGCCAAGGAGUCCUCCUCGUCGGAGUCGAAAGCUGGUCGCAACUUCGUCCUUGCGUUAUUCGCCGGUAUCUAUGCCGCUUUGACGGGUUGCCUAGCGAAAGCAGCUGUCUCUAUGGAAGGGAACUUGGACCGACGGCUGGAUAUCGACAGGCAAUUGCGUCGAUAUGAGAAAACUUCGAAGGCCUGCCCAAAGUCUGGAGUCGUACGUUAUGAUUUCGCGCACGUAGCGAGUAACGAUCCUGCAGAAGACGAACAUCAAGAAUUCCAGUUGCCGGUGCCUUCGGGUUACUGGUCAUUCUUCGGACUCUAUGAUGGGCAUAACGGCGGGAAAACCAGCAAAUGGCUUGCUAGCAACAUGAUACCCGCUGUUUCCGGUGCGCUCGCCGACUUGUAUUCUCGCCUUGUCAGCUCAGAUCCGGCGCCUUCCGAGGACCAGACAAUCCCGUCACCGCACUUCUCAGACGUCGAGCAAGUUUUCAAGACGACGUUCGCCCAGCUCGACGAUGACAUGUGCUAUGCUCCACUUGAAACUGUCUUCGCUUCGAAUUCAAGGGACGUUGCCGAAGAUCUCCUUGGUCCAGCUUGUGCGGGUUCUUGCGCCCUACUGUCCUUCUACGAUUCACAUUCCCGACUGCUCCGCGUCGCACUGGCUGGAGACUCGCGCGCUGUGUUGGGGAGGCAGAGAGUGAAUGACGAGGGCGACAUCAAGUAUGAUGUCUACGUGCUCUCUACCGAUCAUAAUGGCAUCAACCAGACGGAAGUCGAUCGCCUCGACGCCGAACAUCCGGGGGAGAAUGUCUGUCAGGGCGGUCGCGUCUUGGGCAUGGGCAUCUCCCGCGCGUUCGGCGACGCACGCUACAAGUGGGCUCGCGAUCUUCAGGACAAGCUGAAGAAAGGGUACCUUGGGAAACUGCCCCUCCCCGAGGUCAAGACGCCCCCUUACCUCACGGCGGAACCGGACGUGACCGAGAUCGAAGUGCAGCCGGGCGACUUCCUCAUCAUGGCCACUGACGGCCUCUGGGAGUGCCUGACGAGCGAGGAAGCCGUUGGUCUCGUUGGACUGUUCAAAGAGGCACAGGGCAACCGGUUCGGGACGCGCGAGCCCGUAGGCGGGUACCCUCCGGAUGCUCUGCCGGUGUGGAUGGCGGAACGGGACCACACUGUCCGGUACAAGCAGUGGGGUGCCGAGAAACGGUUCGUGAUGACCGAUGUUAACGCGGCUACGCACCUCCUUCGUAACGCACUUGGCGGUGCGGACAAGGACUUGACGGCGGCAUUAUUGGCCAUGAAGACGCCGCGGUCGAGGAAGUAUCGGGAUGACAUGACUGUCCUUGUGGUCUUCUUUGGUGAAGAGGAUGGGCGCGGGUUGAGUGGGCGACGACCGAAGGACUGAGAUGCUAAUGAUUUGGGAGUUAUCUUGGUGUAUCAUAUAUUGCUGUCUGUUUUGCUUUCGUCGACGCGCACGCACAGGGUUCAUAAGUUCAGAUGAUCUCCACUAACACCUAUGUAUAUUGCUACGUGGUUUCUCCGGAUGACUUGUUAUCUCGCUUGAUACCUAACUUAUACCACUGCUCCCCAACCAGUCUCAUCGCAAUGUAUCCUUAUAUCUCUACCUCUCACUUAUAC